AUGUCUGGAUGGCGGAAUCAACUGAAUAGUGUUGGUAAUAAUGCUUUCGACUUUGUUCAACGGAUUUCCAGCGAAUUGGCGGCUGAAACCCCCAUUGAUCCAUCGUCGGAAUUAGACGUAAGACAGCGAAAACUUUGAUUAUUUUCUUUAGUAUCACAAACAGAAAGCUCUAGAGAAAGAAAAAGAGCUCGUCAGAUAUCAGAAUCAACUGGUCGAUAAAAACAGACAAAUCGAAGAGCUCACUGAAAAUGUGAGAGCUGCUUACGAAGAAGUUGAAAUGACCAGACAGAGUUUGUUGAACCGAAUUGCAGCAAAAGAAUUAGAAUUGGAAAAAGCCAAGGUGAGCUGAACUAUGAAUUUUUAUUAUUAUUUUUAGUACGAAAUCGAAGCAUUACGCGAUUUUCAAACAUCAACAGAUCCAGAACAAGAAAGGAAUGAGAAAGAAUUGAUAUUAGAGUUGGAAUUGAUCAAAGCUGAGAAGGCAGCAUUGUCUGAUGAACUCAGUUUCCUGGCAAAAAGGUUGGAGGAAUCAGAAUCAAACCAGCGGAAGGCCGUAGUUGAAGAAAGUCAGCCAAAGCAGGAAGAUUUUAAGUAUCAAUCCGUUUUGGAUGACUUGAAAAAGGCGGAAGCAAGGAUAGAAGAUCUCCAAAAUCAGGUAUGUUUUUAGGUGCUCAAUAUUCCGCUUUUAGAAUAGAGCGUUGGCCGAGGAACUAGCAAUGAGACCUAGAUCUACAAGUCCUGUCACACGCGAGUCAAGGGUAAGUUCUAUUUGUGUCCAUGGAGCUUGAAAAGAUUUUUUCGUAAUUUUUUUUUCUCUUUUAGGUAAAUGUUGCCGAACUUGAAGAGAUUGAGAAUCAAGUAGACCUUCUAAGGCAAGAAAGAGAUCAAUUCAAGGUCCAAUUUGAGAAGAGUGAAGUCAAGGCCAAAGAAAUGGAAGGCUUGAUGACAGCGUUGUCAGAACAAUGUCAAAUUUUGGGAGCUGAGGUUGAAUCCUACAUGAAGAAAGCUCCUGAAAUUACAAACGUUUUUCAAGUCCCUGUUGUUUCUAAGGAAUUGGACGAGCUAAGAGAAGAAUUGAAUGAUCUGGAAGCCGAACGGCAAAAGGUAGGCGAUUUUAUCUGUUUAUCAGGUUGGUUUAGGCUACGAUUGAACUUGAAGAAAUCAGAAAAACAUUCAAGGAGAAAGAAGCCAGUUUUGCAACAAGAAUACAAGAAGUGAGUAAAGAAUCUCAUUAUUGAUUACUUUUUUUAGUUGGAAUCAACGCUGGCAGAAACAUCUGACGUUGUCACUCCGUCUUAUCUUACGGUAAAUUUCAAUGGAUCUUUAUUGGAGCUGGAUCAGAAUAAAGUGGAACAACUCCUACGUGAUCUAGAAGAAGUUAAAGUAGAAAAGAAGUCUAUUGAGGACCGAUAUCAGAGCACACAAGAGGUUCUAAGCAAAAACGAGAACUUAUAUCAAGAUGUCUCCAAUUUAUGCAAAUUACUCUCAGAAGACAGCUCAGUUAAUCUUCAGGUAUUUCAAUUUGCUUCCGCUAAAUCUUUCCAGGAUAUUACCGAUGAUUCUGUUGUUAAACUUCAGAAUCUGAUCGAAAAGCAGAAGCUUGGAUAUUCUGAAUUGAAAAUGAGACUCAAGAAUACUGAAGAUCUGAUGAAUCAACAGAAAUUUAACUUUGAAAGUACAACUGGUGACGUAAGUUGCGCGAUAAAAUUAAUACAAGUAUUUCAGUUGGAGCAGCAGAUUGACCAGGCAAAUCUCGCCUUCCUAGAGACUCGAAAGAAAUUGGCUGAUGCUGAAUCCUUAAUUCAGAAAUUGGAGAAUGAAAAGCUGGAAUUGCAAAACAGAGCGGUUGAAGUAAAGAAUAAUGAUAAUCAAAACGACGAACUGAGUCAACAAAGGAUGCAACAACUUGAAGAGUUGGUUCGGCUAAAGGAAAACGAACAUAUUGCGGAAAAAGAGGUACGGUUUAGGGUUAGAUUUGUUGGUUUUAAGUUCAUUGCUGAUUGGACUGUUUAGAAACUGGAUUUAUUGGAAAGCAAAACAUUGGAGACCUUUAUGUUGGUCAGAGAUCUGAGUGAAGGUUUGCGAGAGGAAUAUGGCAUUGUGGUAGAUGAGAAAGCCAACGAUGACAUAAAUUAUAAGAUCCGGAAUCUGGUAUUCUCACUCAAGGGACUCGUUGCAUCUGUAAAUGAGAGACUCAAAGAUUAUGAACGGAGGAUACAAGAAGUUACAGCUGUUAAAAACGAGGUUCAACAGGUAAUCAAGCACAUAGGAUUGUCUAAGCUGUUUAAAAACGAUUAUUUUUAGAGACUGGACCAAAGUGCCAAUCAACUUCUCCAUUUACACGAAGAGAAUCAAUAUUUGAGGAGUCAAUUCAAUAUUGCGCAAGACUCGGUUGAAGAAUUGACUGCAGAGAAAUCGAGCUUGACAUCGGAAUUGAGUGCUGUAAAGGAAGAGCUCAAACUACUUCGGAGUGAAAGCAAAAAUCUUGCGGAGAACACCGCUGAAGCCGAAUUAUACAAACUGCAUGCAGCCAGUAAGAUUGAGAAGAAACAGGCGGAAUUGGAAGAACAGUCAGCAUUGUUGGAGAAGAAGCAACAAGAUCUGGAACAGUAAGAAUUUUAUAUAAUAUACAAUAAAAAUAUUCAGAAACAGGAUGGUAAUGGACAGGUGGACACGGGAAAACGAAAGUCUCAGGAAAACAGUGGCCGGCCUCAACGAAACCAUCAGGGAUCUCCAGUCUGCGUAUGUGGAAACAGAUGGGAAGCUCAAGGUUGAGAGAAUGGAGUAUGAGAACAGAAUCAGGGAACUUGAAGGAAAGCUUGCUGUAAGAUAUUUUGUCGUAUCUAAAUUCUGUCAUAGAGAAAUGAAUUUGAAAAUGGGAAGUGGAGUAACAAAGUAGUUGAGUUGGAAGAACAGAAUAAACAACUGGAAAGUACUGUCAAUGAGUUAAAGAUGGAAUUGGAAGAAUACGAGAAGGGUGCCUCUGUUCCUCCACCUCCCCCAGAACCAACCAUCGAGAUAAAGCAACAAUAUAAAAUGAUUGAGAGUGGAUUUGUGGUGCCUCCAGUCGUCCGGCAAUUUAUUAUCAGCGCGGUAACUUGUGAUGCUAACAAAAGAGAAGAAAGUGCCAUUCUGUUGGCGAAUAUCAUUGGUUGCACGCAAGAGGUUUGUAAUCUUUUCAGAUGAAUAAUAUAUUGUUUGUAGGAGAAGAGUCAGAUUGAAGAAUGUUUCCAACAUCGGGGAGUAUGGGGUUUGUUGCGAGGUACCCCUAAGGGGCCCCAGAAUAUCAAAGAACUGUCAAGUAAAUUCAUCGAAUUCUUGGAGAAAGAAACGACUCAACCAAUGGGAGCGAGUAAUGUGGAGAACACGGAGCCCAUCAGAAUUGCCCAUGAUAUCCAACCAGUUGCCAGCUCCUCCAAUGCCGAUUUGAAAGAAAUUAUGAAUGAUAAGAGCUAA